AUGUCUUUAGAAAGAAAAUUUAGCGACGAUGAUGACAGUGAGAGUAGUUCUAGCAUUGCACAAAGUGACUUCUUAGUUAUUUCUGAUAGUGAUAGUGAAAGUAGUGAUAUUUUCUCACCUGUACGAAAACGACUGGUUAUUGAAGAUAAUAUCAACGAUAAUGUUCACAUUGAUGAUCAACAAUCAGAGUGUUGGAUUUGGAAAGAAGAAAGUAAUAAACCAAAAGUUUGGAAUUAUACGGAGACUCCUGGCAUAAAAGUGGCAACUUUAAAUCAGCUAGGUGCAAACGAAACAGAAUUGGGCAUUUUUGAUAUGAUAUUUGAUAAUACGUUUUGGGAAAAUAUCGUAACGGAGACAAAUCGAUACGCGGAACAAAUAAUAAAUAAUAGAAAUAAAAAACGAAAAAUAGACGAAAGUUGGUUUCCCGUAGAUUGUGGGGAAAUAAAAAUAUAUCUAGCAUUAUGUAUAAUAAUGGCUCAAGUUAAGAAACCAACAAUUCAAAUGAAUUGGUCUAAGAGGGCUAUUAUAGAAACGCCGAUAUUCAGAAAAACGAUGCCAUUGAAAAGAUUUCUGCAAAUAACUAGAUGUUUGCGUUUUGCAAAUAGCAAUUCAAUCGACAAUACAGAUAAAUUACGGAAAGUAAAACCUGUGACAAAUUUUUUAAAUCAGAAAUUUAAAGAAGCGUAUACAAUGCAAGAAGACAUUACUAUCGGCGAAUCACUAAUGAGAUAUAAAGGACGCUUAUCUUAUAAACAAUUUAACAUAUCGAGAAGGGCGAGAUUCGGUAUUAAAUUUUAUAAAUUAUGCGAGUCAGCAUCAGGUUAUUGCUAUGACUUCAAAAUAUAUACAGGUAGUGACAAGAGAAAUUCUAAUGACAGUGCAUCUGAAAACAUUGUCAAAGAGGUAUUACAGUCAGUGUUACAUAAAGGACAUACUUUAUACUUAAACGAUUGGUUCUCUUCACCAAAACUGUUUAUAACUUUACUUAACAGUAAAACUAACGCGGUUGGGACAGUACGUUCGAACAGAGAGAAUAUGCCACGAGAUUUUGUUAAAGGAAAAUUACAAAGGGGAGAAUGUAUAAUGAGAAGCUGCAAUGGUAUAUUGGCAUUAAAAUGGAUCGAUGAUCGAAACGUCUAUAUUAUUUCUACGAAACACGAAACAGCAGAAAUGACAGAAGAAGGCAAAUAUCAAUUCGAUUCUACUUUGAAACCAAAAUGUGUUAUCGACUACAACAAAGGAAUGAUUGGAAUUGAUCGGCAAGACCAAAUGCUAGCGUGCUUCCCUGUGAUGAGGAAAUGUAUGAAAGGAUACCGAAAAGUUUUCUUUUACGUGUUUGAUAUUGCGCUGUUUAACUGCUAUAUUUUGUUCAACAAGUUAAAUACUGGAAAACAACAGAGUUACGCCGAAUAUAGAAUCGAAAUAGCAGAAUCAUUACUGAAAAAUAUCCCAUUUCCAGAGUAUAAACAGAAAGGAAGAUUAUCGAGCGGAGAUUUACCAGAAAGACUGCACGCGAAACAUUGGGGUCAUUUUCCCAAGCAUAUAGACCCAACACCAUCGAAAUCAAAGCCAGCAAGGGCAUGUAAAGUUUGUUCAAGACAUAAAAAACGUAGCGAAACAACGUGGGAGUGUAAAAGAUGUAAAGUUGCAUUACAUGUACCGAUAUGCUUCGAAAGAUUCCAUACGAUCGAAGAUUAUUAA